AUGCACCACUGCCUCAAAAUAUGGACAUUUGGAUUGCUUGAUAUUUGCUCGUCAGAUGCAAUGUUCUUGGCACAGCCGGACAUGUAGAGUAGCAGCCAAAAAUGGCCAUCUGGAAUGUUUAAAAUAUGCUCAUGAACAUGGUUGUUUAUGGGAUUAUUUUACCAGUUACAAUGCAGCAGAAAACGGACAUUUUCACUGUUUGAAGUAUGCUCCUGAUAAUAAUUGUCCAUCGAGAAACGUUGUAACCUAUGUUGCCGCAGAUAGGGGAAAUCUUAACUGCUUAAGAUACGCUCAUGAAAAAAGAGGUCCAUCGUAUAAUGUAAUAGCCUUUUUUGCUGCCUCGGGAGGACACCUUAACUGUUUAAAAUACAUUCACGAAAAAGGAUUGCCAAGGGAUGAAAAUGUAUGUAAUGCAUCUUACAGUAAUAAACAUUUAGAUUGUUUAGAAUAUGCUCGUAAACAUGGGUGUCCUAUGGAUAGAUUUACACGCAAGCGUAUUUUAAAACAUAUUAUCAUGUUUACACUAAAGAAAUUGGCGUAUCAUGCCUGCGAUCAAAGAGAUAAACACUGGUAUAACACUGUUCCCAAUAAUGUUCCCAAAAUCAAUAUUGAAAUUUGUUGUGAUUAUCUUAUUCAAAUAACCAAGGGGAAGAAAAGUGUAAGAAAUACAACUACUGUGUUAUGCACCACUGCCUCAAAAUAUGGACAUUUGGAUUGCUUAAUAUUUGCUCAUCAGAUGCAAUGUUCUUGGGACAGCCGGACAUGUAGAGUAGCAGCCAAAAAUGGUCAUCUAGAAUGUUUAAAAUAUGCUCAUGAACAUGGUUGUUUAUGGGAUUAUUUUACCAGUUACGAUGCAGCAGAAAAUGGACAUUUUCACUGUUUGAAGUAUGCUCCUGAUAAUAAUUGUCCAUCGAGAAACGUUGUAACCUAUGUUGCCGCAGCCAGGGGAAAUCUUAACUGCUUAAGAUACGCUCAUGAAAAAAGAGGUCCAUCGUAUAAUGCAAUAGCCUUUUUUGCUGCCUCGGGAGGACACCUUAACUGUUUAAAAUAUGUUCACGAAAAAGGAUUGCCAUGGGAUGAAAGUGUAUGUAAAGCAUCUUACAGUAAUAAACAUUUAGAUUGUUUAGAAUAUGCUCGUAAACAUGGGUGUCCUAUGGAUAGAUUUACACGCAAGUGUAUUGUCAAUGAUAAAGGAUUAGAAAAAACAACAAAAAUGAUGAUUUUAAAUUCAAAAAGAAAUGAAAUUACAUUAAAACAUAUUAUCAUGUUUACACUAAAGAAAUUGGCGUAUCAUGCCUGCGAUCAAAGAGAUAAACACUGGUCUAACACUGUUCCCAAUAAUGUUCCCAAAAUCAAUAUUGAAAGUUGUUGUGAUUAUCUUAUUCAAAUAACCAAGAGGAAGAAAAGUGUAAGAAAUACAACUACAGUGUUAUGCACCACUGCCUCAAAAUAUGGACAUUUGGAUUGCUUGAUAUUUGCUCGUCAGAUGCAAUGUUCUUGGGACAGCCGGACAUGUAGAGUAGCAGCCAAAAAUGGUCAUCUAGAAUGUUUAAAAUAUGCUCAUGAACGGUGUUUAUGGGAUUAUUUUACCAGUUACGAUGCAGCAGAAAACGGACAUUUUCACUGUUUGAAGUAUGCUCCUGAUAAUAAUUGUCCAUCGAGAAACGUUGUAACCUAUGUUGCCGCAGCCAGGGGAAAUCUUAACUGCUUAAGAUACGCUAAUGAAAAAGGAUUGCCAUGGGAUGAAAGUGUAUGUAAAGCAUCUUACAGUAAUAGACAUUUAGAUUGUUUAGAAUAUGCUCGUAAACAUGGGUGUCCUAUGGAUAGAUUUACACGCAAGUGUAUUGUCAAUGAUAAAGGAUUAGAAAAAACAACAAAAAUGAUGAUUUUAAAUUCAAAAAGAAAUGAAAUUACAGUAGAACCUUGAUUAUCCAUCCCCCGAUUAACUGUCUUUCUCGGUUAACCGUCAGGUCACACUUGCACUGACUACUUGUGUGUUGUAGUAAAAUCUUAUUACUUCGCGUAUGCAAGUAUGUAUGUUAAUUGUAAAUAAUAAAAAAUAAUAACAAUAAGUAAUAGUUCCUUACUAUAUCAAUAUGCAUGUUAUAAUUAUUAAAAAAAUAAUAAAAAAUAUGUACGUAUGUUAAAAAAAUGUUUGUUGCUCGCUUAACCGUCUUUUCGAUUAUCCGUCACAGCUCUGGUCCCUAGACUGACUGUUAAUCAAGGUUCUACUGUACUCAUUAAAUAGUUCUACUGUUAUUUUAAGUAUUGUAGAUAGCAGUCAAUAAAUUUAUAAUUAUUGUUUCUUUUAAUAUUUUGAAUUUGACUGAAAUUAUUUAAUAUUCAUAAUAAUAUGUUAAGAUACAAUUAAGUAUAAUAUUGUGUACAAUUAAUAUUCUUUCUCUAAAAAAAAUAUAUGUAUUACGGUAUAUAGUUGAUGUUUCAUUAUUAAUUUACUGUCUUUUAUUCAAUAUUAA